GUCUUGAAGAACUCCAGCCGCGAAAGGAUGUGCAACUCGGUGCUGAGCAAGCACGAUGCAGACUUAGCCUCCAAAGACGACCUGAGCCAAGAGGGCAAAGAUGUGGCCGCAGCCUAUGUUGGCCAAGACUUGCAACUUCUCUGGACCCAAAAAGGCGUCGACUCCGAGCUGGGCCGGAAUUACAGCUGGCUGCAGCCAAAGCCGGAGGCUGGGGAAGAAGUAACCGAGCAGCUCCUGCAGCUUCAGCCCAACAUCCGGAAGAAGGCGCUCCAGGAAGGCUGGUUCGAAGAGAGGGAGCUCGAGAGAGCUUCUUUCAUGCAGAUUUGGCAGACAGGUGGCAGCUGCGACCCCGAAGAAAUGAAAAGAUGCACUGAUGACAUGAAGCAAUGGCGCACCAGUGUUUGUGCCAAGCAGGAAGGCUGGCGUCACACUCGCAUGGGGAAAAGUUUCGAGUGCAAGGAGAUGCAGGCCACCAAGAAUAGGAAGAUGGCUAGAAGCCCGCAGGAAUGCUUCGACGCAGACUACGGCGUGGGCACGGAGGCAAUCAGGUACUACGUCUUCCAUUACAACAAAGGGAACCGAGAGCAGCCCAUUUCGUGCUACGCAGAGACAGAGGAAAGGUCUUGCACACUGAAGGAAAAGCGAGCCUUGUUGACAGAGGCCACUGAAUUUGACCGGAUUUGGUUCUGGAUCGAUGCAAAAAGCACUGCCAAAACGGCACCUGCACUUGCUUAAGCUCUGCGAGCCGAAGAACAUGUUUCGAUCUGCCGAAGUAAUGAAGCAGCCAACCAUGACCUUAGUGUGGCAUGGACCUGGACUCAGCUUCCGUAUUCUUGCUACAAAACACGUAAAGCUCGUUGAGCAUGCCAUCCGGGCAGGUGCUUCCCGCAGUUUGGAGCGGCCCAAUGCCGGCUGAGAGAGCUCUUGGUUGGGAAGCUCAUGUGAUUGGGAACCUCUUCAUUCUAUUGCUCUC